AUGGCGGGGGCCAAAGAAUGGAAGACACAGGACGAUGAUUCAAUAUUGGAUGAAUUCUGUAAUAUUUGUGCUACAGUAACAAUAGGACUUGAGAGCCUUUGUGCCAUUGAAUGUGAACAAAAACUGGCGUGUAGCGUAACACCAGGUAGAGGUAGAAUAUAUUUUACAAUACCGCGAAAAAGAUUGAGAGAAAUUCAGCAUCUGCGAUCAGUCGAAAAUCUUUUCGUAGUUGUAGAAGAUAUCGCAGAUUUCAAAUUAUCCGUCCAAGAGAACGUGGAAAUGAUAUUACAGCGACUAUAUCACCUCCCUGAACAACUAAACUUGAAGCCUGCUUUCGAUAUAUGGAAGGAAUACAAAGAUCUCUGCACUGGGGGGAAAACAAAAGCACUUCAACAUAUUGAAAUAAGUGCAAGUGAAUCAAGUACAGGGGAAAAUAUAACGAAUGAAGUAACCCUUCCACGAUUUAGAGUCACUUGUACCCGAAACCAUUCUAACUCAGAUCUCAAGCAUGCAUUCACAUCUAUGCAAGCAGCAGCAAAAUUUGGUGGUGGAAUAAAUGACACAUAUGGAUGGACUGUGGAUUUAGAGGACUACGACAUUGACAUUUUACUCAAUAUUGUCGACAAUCAUGUGGUAGUAGGUAUAUCCCUUACUGAAAAGAGUUUAUUUAGAAGAAACAUUGUGAAUUUUGGGCCAACAACUCUAAAGUCAACGCUUGCUUACUGCAUGGCAUUAGCAGCAGAGAUAUGUGAAGGUGAUGUGAUCUGUGAUCCAUUAUGUGGUGGUGGAUCUAUCCCAAUUGAAUGUGCCAAAGAAUGGCCAUGUUCUUUCAAUAUAGCUGGUGAUAAUUUUCAUAUGGCUCCAAAAAGAACCCAAGACAAUGUAGAUUUUGUGAACAAACAAUGCUACAGUAUGACAACAAAACAGAUUAAAGUGGACAAUCUUCAAUGGGAUGCAACAUGUCUACCACUAAAAACAGAUGCAAUUGAUGUGUUCAUUUCUGAUCUACCAUUUGGCAAGAAGAAUGGCUCAAUGAAAAAAAACUGGCAACUUUAUCCUGACUUGUUGAAGGAAAUGGCACGUGUGUGUCGUACAAAAACAGGACGAGCUGUUUUACUCACAAAAGACAAAAAAGCUAUGGCUAGAGCAUAUGGCCAAAGUGUUAAAUAUUGGCGAAAGAAGUACACAUAUUGGAUCAAUAUAGGUGGACUACAGGCUGCAAUAUAUUUACUACAGAGAACAUCAAUUCCUAUUCACUAACUUUUAUGGUAUAGUUAAAUACAACCAUGAUAUUUACACUGAAGACUAUACUCUAUUAUUAUAUCCAAUACUUGUUUUA